AUGGCAGUGCUCGAGCUAGGGCCGAUAAUGCGCUACACUAUGAUGGAGCUCCAAGACAAAUUGCAGGAUCGCGGAAUUCGCAUGAGUGGCACAAGGUGGGAGCUGGCAGUGAGGCUGGCACUUGAUGUGUAUCCUCACUUGGCAGGGCGACCAGAUAGAGCAGAAGCUGGGGUCCAGACAGCGCCUGCUGAGUGCUGGGCUGAUGUCGGUGUGCAAACAGAGCGCCGCGAGGGUGAUGUGCUGGAGGAGCCAGUUCUGCUGACCCCGGAGAAGACGCCGGCAAGCAGCACUUCUUCGUGCUCGAGCCCAGCGCAAACGCAGCCUUACAGGUAUCAGCUCCGAGCUGGCCUGGCAGCUUCUGCUUCUAGGCAACCGGAAGAUGAAAAGGCAGAGCUGCGUGCAGCGUCCUUUUGCGAGGUGUGUGCGCAAGAGCGCCCUGGCUCCAACUCCGCUUUGCGCGAUGGCUCCCUGAACCGUUUUCACAUGGCCUUUUUUUUGGAGGGCUGCCGCUAG